AUGGCCGACAAGGAGUUCACCACCGCCGGUUUGUACAUCAUUAUUGACAGCGGUGUCUACGAUGUCACAAGCUUCGUCGAUGAGCAUCCCGGCGGAAAGAAAAUUCUUCAGCGCGUCGCUGGAAAGGACGCCUCGAAGCAAUUUUGGAAGUACCACAAUGAGGGAGUCCUCAAGAAGUACACUGAGAAGCUCAAGGUUGGAAAUGUCAAGGAAGCCGCCAAGAUAUAA